ACGAGUGGGAAGGCCAACUCAACCAAGCCAGCCAAGAUGAAAAUAUGUAUAGCAAUCCAGAAUUCUCUCAAGACCUUUGUUUCCCUUAUUUCGGUCCAACAUUCCCAGAUCGUUUCCUAAUUUUUCGCAAUGGUCGCUUCAUAUAUAACGGUAGAGAGAAUUUCAAAGAGUUGCUGAAUGAGAUCCGAAGUUUGAAGAUCCCUAAGACGGAUUCAUUCAGUCACGACAACAAUAAUCAACCAGUGUUUUUUGAACGUGGAAUUCCAUUAGAUUGGGUCAAUCAUGCAAGAUACCAAUAUAAUAAAUUGUUAGUUUAUGGGACUAUCGGUUAUGGAAAAUCGCACAUUCUCGCAGCUCUCACAUGUUUCCUCCGCAGAGAGAAACAAAUUGUCUAUGUCCCAGAUUGUCGUCGUCUCACCGACGCCUUUGUAGAAUAUCUCAAGCCUGCAUUUCUUCUUGCCUUUUCGAAAAUGCCUCAACAUAUAGCCACAAUCCGGAAUUGGACCACCACAGACCAAAUCGUCCAGUUCUGCACCUCUAUUUCUGCAGUUACUUCCCUUUAUUUUAUUGUUGACCAAUGGAAUUCUUUGGAUGAUGAUGCUUACAAUUCCGGUGGAGCAAGAGCCAAAUCAUUAGUAUUGGAAAUGACAUUUAAGCACUACUUGAUCAUGGGCUCUUCAGCAAACAGUCGAUCUAUCAAGGAACUAGAAGCCAGGCAGGAUUCUAUAAAGAAGUAUACA